GGGAAAUCGAAAGGACGACAAUCAUAUUUCUACAUUACGAGCUCAGUGUACUACGGCUUACAUAGACCAAACCGGCUGCCCUUUGCAUGUGUCGAUGUGGAAAACGCCUUUUAAACUUGUAGUUUUAAAAAAUGAGUAAAGCAGGUAUCGAAAACCUCGACAACGAUAUUGACACUGCCUUCUCCGAAUUUAACGAUUACGUUAAACAGCAUGGCGUUGAAGGCAUUGACAAGUUCCUAGAAGACGCUUUGGAAAAAUGGAAACAAGUGGACAUAAAUAUUGCAGUUGUUGGCAACUCCGGAAGUGGAAAAUCCAGCUUCAUUAACACAGUUCGAGGGUGGGUAUAAUUAAAAGUUUAAUUAACUUUCUUUGAUGGGUACCUUAUUCACAAGGCCUGACAAGUUGAUUUUGUGCCAUUAAGGCGGAUCGCGUAAUAAGGAAUCGCAAAUGUUAUUAUAUACACCAAGCCAGCUCUUUCAUAAGUACAGCGUCUCGCGAUGUCAUUCCUGAACAUUAUUCGUGAAUUAUCAGUCCAUUUCUUCUCUUAAAGUGGUCAUUAGUCACUUCCGGGUUUUUUCACAAGCUCAUAUCGAAAGUGAAAGGUAUCAACUAGCACUUCCUUGAGGUGGGGUAAGCAUAGACUUAAGCCGGCUUUGAUUUCCGCUGGGUUAAACCCCUAAACGGGGGCCCUGGCAUAAAGAACCAGAAAAAUUAUCCCUUUGUAUUAGCCCACGUUCAUCCUUAAUAUAUUACUGGGUCUUUCAGCAACCUGUUCGCGCUAAGAGUUUAAGAAUGGAUCAAACGAUAUUUUUUUAUUGAGCAUCACAGGUCAAAUCUCGUCUUAAACUGGAAGAGAGCGGAUCUACUAAAGUUUCAGGAUCAGUAGAAAGAAACGCGUACGGAUCUAUCAAUGAUCGGAAGACGGAAUUAUCAAGACCGAGCUAAUCCAAACGAACAAUUUCCUGUAAAGACACUUAGCUCUUACGCCGACACGAAAAACCAUACCGAAAAAGGCUUCCGUUCAAACAAAAGGAUCGCUACCUCGUUCCCAGGGUUCUCUCCUACCCGCCCCCUGGGGCGGGUAGGAGAGAACCCUGGGAACGAGGUUGAAAGGAUCGUUAUUUCGGCGCGAUUGAAGGAGUUUGAUUAAAUUUGGUUAAUAUGUGUCAUUUCAACAUUUGAGGUAUUCCCCUAAGGAGGAAUUGGUAGGAGUUGCCCUCGCGGCUAACAGGAAAGAGUGGAGUACGCUCAGACAUGGCAGCAUAGACCUUGUCACGGUUUUCGACGCCAUCUUGACGAGUAGGCAAACGCGUGAGAAAUUACAGUGUUUGUAUGAGAAUCUAAUGUCGAAUAAUUUCCAUAAAACGGCUGUUCUGAACAAAAUAUCGAUUGUAAACUUUUGCAAAGCAAAGGAUUGUCCUAAAAAAAUUUGGGGCGUACGUGUGCUUAAAUUUCUCCAGAGGUUUGUUUAGAUUUUCCAUAUAUUUGUUUGUAAUUUUCCCGGGACUUGCUUACAGACAAAUGUAUAGAAAAUUUUAAAAAGUGGUUCUAGGUCUUCUAGUGCAUGUAACGCCCUGAAAUUUUUUCAAGAGAAUCCUUAGGAGUGAAGCUUUAGUUUACAAAUCAUAUUUUUUCAGAACGGCCGUUCUAAGGAAAUUAUUCGACAUUAGAUUCUCAUACAAUCACUGUAAUUUCUCACGCGUUUGCCUACUCGUCAAGAUGCCGUCGAAAACCGUGACAAGGUCUAUUUUGUGAAUGGUGUCAUGCACGCGAAAGAGGCAUCUUUUAAAACCUACAUUGGUCUCUUAUCGGGUUGAAAUUGUUUUCAGCUUCAGUGGCAAUGGCCGUUUUCCUGCUUUCCUGGAAAACAGAAGCCUUCCCAGCAGCUUUUCUUGGAAAUGCUGGAUGAGUGCCGUAUUAUCUUUUUUACGUUUUUUGUACAUGCUUUCCAUUCGUUACAGAAUUUACCAACAAUUCGCGACUAGUAAGAAUUCCACUUUGAAUCAGCGCUCCUAUCAAAGAGUUUCGUUUUUCUGGUCCGCAAAAAAAAAGUCAGAACAAUGGACUCCUGAUUACGGCUUUCAAAUAGAGACGUUAACAUAAAAUGUUGUUCCGUGUAGGGAAUAUAACGUUAAUAUAUUUUCUACCUGGCCGUUCUGAUAAAGCCGUAACCAGACCGUCUAGUUAAGUUCGAAGUUAUUUCGUUUAGCAAAAGAAAUAAAAACACAUUUAAUUGUCUUUGCAUAUCCUGAUAAUAAUCACUCCAGGGAUUGGCAGAAUUCUCGAAAGUUAUUGACGCACACUUUGUCUCAAAUUUGCAUAUAACGUCUGUGCACUUGAAACACUGAGGCUGAUAUUCCAGACGGUUCCCCUUAAUAAAUUUGAAUUGUUGGCUCCAUGUAAAGCACUCAAAAGACGAGUUACAUUGCUGGUGGGUGGGCGGCUGAUGGGUUGUUAAGUGAGUGGAACAUUAAAAGUAAGUUUGCAAAAUUUAACAUUAAAUUGCUCUUUUCCACUUGCCAUGUGUCUCACAUGAUAAUAGGCCGGGUCUCCAUAUUUCACAACCACAAAAAAGAGGUAUAGGUUUGACAAGAGCAUUGAAAAUUUUCUUCCUAAUCUCUCAGCGAAUUUACUUUAUUUUAGAAAGAUGUAAAUAUAGGCAAUAGACAACAAAAGUAUUUUGAAAGGUACACUGAGUGGAAAAACUUUUAAUUAAUUCAUAUUUUCUCCAUGUCCUCGAAGCCCAAAACGUUAACGUUGAACAUAAUGAUCCAGUAUAGAGGUACCAGGUUCCAUACCGAGCAUCACCCAUAUUUUCUUCGACGAAUUUAAUAGCAUUCUUUUCUUCUUCUUUUUUUUUAUGGUCACUGGAGUACAGACUACUCAUAGCCAGUAAGCACAUGUCCUAUCAGGCGACUAUUUUUUCUCAUGUAAACGUUUUGCCAGGAAAUACAUGAAACGUUGGCUCGCCCAGGGUAGCUCGGGUAGGCGGGUCACUCUUCUACCAAGGACAACGUACUUUUCUCCAUAUAACCAGAGCCUUACAUUUUGAAUGUCCAAAUUCAUUAAACUUUUUUCCAGAUAUGAAUUCGAUGAUGAACAAGGUGCUGCCGAAGUUGGAGAAGAAAAAAGUACUACUACAGUGCCAACAGCAUACCCACAUCCUAAAAACUCCCAAAUAAUAUUUUGGGAUUUACCAGGAAUGGGGGACAUCCAAAACCCAGACCUGAAAACAUACUGCAAGAAAGUACAAUUGGAAACGUACGAUGCGUUCCUCAUCGUAACAUGUACCAGAUUCUCUAGCAACGAUCUCCACUUGGCACAGGAAAUAAAAAGGUCACUUAACAAACAUUUCUUCUUCAUUCGCACAAAAAUUGACGUGAGCGUCCAAUCCGGUAAAAUGAGGAAGAAAGUAUUUGAUGAAAAUGUCAUGCUUGAGGAAACAAGAAGCCGCUGUUCAGAAGUGCUGGGUGACCUGCUGAGCAGCAAGCAAGACAUAUUCCUGAUAAGCAACCAUUAUCCUAAAGAGUGGGAUUUCCCUAAACUCACUGAAGCCAUUUUAGAUGCGAUGCCCAAAUAUAAGCAAGAGAGUCUGACCUUGGCUCUGAAGAGCUUUUCACCUGAAAUAAUCAGGAGAAAAGUUAAAACCCUAAAACGACGUACAUGGAAGUCUGCUUUUAAAUCUGCUGUUGUCGGAGCGAUUCCCCUUCCUGCAGUUUCCGCAGUCUAUGAUGCCAACCUGAUUAUCGAUGAAAUCAACAUGUACAGAACCACUCUUGGUCUUCCAAAGGAAUGGUCUGAGGAAUUUACAAAACUGCACUCUGCCACCAAAGAAACCACAGCCAAACUCACAGCGUUGCUGGCCAGUUACGUUGUGAGUAGCGUCGCUGAGGAGUAUGCUCGAUUCAUCCCAUUUAUAGGCACCGGCAUAGCCGGAGGAAUUUCAUUUGCUACUACAUUAGCUUUUCUUCGUUAUUAUUUGAAAAAGGGGGAAGAUGCAGCAUUAUUAGCUCUACAAGAAGCUGUCGAAAAGUUACCACGCAAUUAAGGAAUAAUUAAACUUCUAACGCUUUCUGAACGGUCAGCGUCCUUUCACCCACCCAAAUUUUUCACUUAACGUAAGUAUUGCCUCUACGCAGCUAGAGUAUGUUUUGUAGACGUUAAAUGCCACGGUGAUUCUUUGUAAUUCAUUCAAACGUGUACAUGUACGUACUUGAUAUAUUGAAAGAUUGAAAGCUAUUACUUUUAUGGAUCAGCUUAAUCAUUAUAGGCUAGUAUAAAAUUGUUGUAACGUUGGGGGUAUACCUUCCGUCUUCAUUAGAACGGAGGUAAAGGAUUUAGUCAAAAUCUAGAUUUAGGAACACAAAACCCAUAUUACUUUACAAACCUAAAUGAAAACUGCUUAGAAAUUAUAUUUUGUCG